GAAUUGAAACGAUCGGUAGUAGCAGUAUCUAAAAGAAAAAACCCGCACUAUUUCUAGAUGGCAAUUUGUUAGAUUUACAGGGGAGAAGAGAGCGACACUGGACAGUGUACAUUUUACUGACGAAAACAAAAGAAACUAGCGUAAGUUCGUCAUUACAUUUCCUGCAACAUUAAAGCCAAUAAGAAACGGGUUUUCUCUCGACAGAGGGGAUAGAAACAAAAAUGAGAAAACAGUUUUACUCUCUACUGUUUAUGACCUACCUUUCGGCGACAUGUAUGGCAGCGCGCAUCCUUGUUUUGUCUCCGCUGGGUCCACGAAGUCACAUGCAUUCGUUCAUGCCGAUGGUUGAAACCUUAGCAGAAAAAGGGCACCAGUUAACCGUCGUAACACCUUAUGCUCCUAAAACUGAAGCGCCAAACAUACGGAAGAUCACCAUGGAUGAAAUGAUUGACCUCGUCGAGUUAGAGUGGUACGAUUUCAAGGAGCACAGUCUCUUUGAUACAAUGGCCGAUUUUUCCCCAUUUGUCCAAUUAGUUAUGACAACUGCAUAUAAGAGAUUCGUGGCCAACAAGGAGAUUCAAGAAAUCAUACAAAAGAAAAACUACGAUAUCGCCAUAGUAGACGCCAUCAUCAACGACUUUUGUUUUCCACUAGUGGAUCACCUGGGAAUCCCCUUGAUUCUCUUUGAUCCCGGGCCAGGAACAAUUUGGAAUUUGGAAGCAAAAGGUGUAACUCAAGAUUACGCAAGAAUACCGCCGUUAAUCGGUACCUUCUCUAGUCAGAUGACGUUUUUUGAAAGGGUACAGAAUGUCGUAUUGAAUGAAGGAUUUCUUCUUUUUCGAAAGUGGUACCUCUUACCGGUUUUAGACCGGCUAGCUAAACUGGAUUUUCCAACUGCACGACCAAUAUCGGAAAUUGAAAGAAAUGCUGAAAUUUGCUUUGCAAACAUUCAUCCGGCAUCCAGUUGGACACGUUCCCUUCCGCCGACAUUCAUUCCUGUUGGGGCCAUGCACGUUAGACCGGCCAAACCGCUUCCACAGGAUUUACAGGAAUUUGCCGAUGCAGCAGAACACGGAUUAAUUGUAUUUACACUCGGAUCUAAUUCUCGAGUUUCUUCUAUGCCAGUUCCCAUCCAGGAAACAUUUCUCCGUGUGUUUUCUCGUCUGCCGCAACGUAUAAUUUGGAAAUGGGAAAAGGAUGGCCUAUCCCAAAUACCAGAUAACGUCAGGUUGGUUGACUGGCUGCCUCAGCAGGAUCUCCUAGGCCACAAAAACACUCGACUUUUUAUCGCACACGGCGGUAUAAUGGGAAUUCAAGAGGCAAUUUACCACCAAGUUCCAAUACUCGGAUUACCACUGGGAAGAGAUCAAUACGCUCUUCUUAUUCGAUCAAGUGAAGAGGGAUAUGCCAUCAAACUUGAAUGGGAAAACCUGAAUGAAGAAUUGUUGUAUGAAUCUAUUCAAAAACUUUUAAAUCAACCAAGCUACAAGGGUAAUGUGACUCGCAUGUCCAGCCUGAUGCACAAUGAACUAAUGCCAUCAAGAGAAGUAGCCGCCUAUUGGGUAGAACACGUCCUCCUCCACGGUGGAACAAAACAUCUGCAAAGGAAAGAAAUGCCGUUCUAUCAACUUUAUCUCCUCGACGUUUCACUCUUUUUGUUUGUGUCUUUGACGCUGAUAAUGUUUGCAACCUACAAAACUGGGGCAUCCGUUUUUCGAAGAUUUAUAAAUAUUCCGUUAUUUUGUCGAAAAGUCAAAAUACACUAACCAUUUAUUGUAGCUUAGACGAAAAUUAUUGUAGCAUUAAAACUAAUCAAUGCCAAAAUUAUUAUUGAACAAUACAGUUAGUUGGAAGCCAAACAUUUGGUAUGCUUAAA